CCCCUCUAGCGACACAUUUUUUAAAAAGCAGCUAGCGACAAAUCUAGUGAUUUUUUCUGGUGUUACUGGACACUUUUGGAGACUUUGAUGUGUCCGUACUGUACUGUUCUUAGAUUUCUCAACUUGCAGCAGCUGCUGCCACCCCCGGCCCCCUCCCAAAGCAUUUCCAGAUGGCGCAGUUCUUUCUCAGCAGUCCCUCCCAGCUGCAAUCACAGCAGUAGAGUUUCACAACUCUACUCACAUAAUGUACACACAUUCUCUAAAGACUGUUGGGAUAUCAAGGGUUUAGAGCAGAGCGGUGCACAUCGUUAUCAGGAGAGGAGAAGAAAGGAGAGAAGAGGAACAACCACAUUCCAUUACCCUAGCUAUCUCCACAGUGAUGUUGGGUGUCUUGCUAUUUCUUUUCCUUCAAUUACCUGGAGAUGCUCAGGCCACUCUCUCACACCCUGGACUGUCGUGUGUAAGUGACUAUGUGAACAACAUCUCAUGUGUGUGGAACCACCCUGCCUGGGUCUCUGGACAAAAGUGCCAACUUCAUUUGAAUACAGGCAGAACAAUUCUGAACUGUUCCCUAAACAUCAAAAGGAGCUGCUGGGUUACCAUCCCAUUUAAAUUAAGCUUCGCUAGUAGAUUUGACUUGAAUGUGAUCUGUAACCAGACUGUGAUGGAUGGGGUGAGGGCUUUCCAACCUGGCCGAAAUGUUAAGCUCCACCCACCUGAUCAGCCAAGAGUUUCAGGGGACAAUGUGACGUGGAGUCGAGGAGCUCACUUCCCUAACUUCAUCAAAAGUUAUGAGUUCCAACUGCAGGUCAAAAGCAAGAAGGAGACCUGGGAGGAAGUGUCAUUGAGACGUGUUUUUGGCACAUUUGCGCUGCUGGAUGGUCAUGUUUGUGAAGAAGAUUGUGCAGCACGAGUGCGAGUGAAACCCGUUGAGCCACAGACAGAGGGCCAGAUCCGGGGUCAGUGGAGUGACUGGAGCCCUGUCGUGACAUGGAGGUCAAAGGUCAUUAGAAACCCAAAUGAGAGCCACAUGGAAGACAUGGGCAGCAUCUCUAACCCAGCAGGCAUAGGAUUGCUGGUGGGGUUUGCAGCACUCAUCUUCAUUCUCCUCGUUCUCACGCUACUCUCUGUCUACCGACAAAAAUGUGGGCUAAAGGUGAGCUGCGAGCACAUUCCCGACCCCUCCAAAUACUUCCAGCCUCUCAUCAUGCAGCACAAAGGGAACUUUCAGGAAUGGGUGGGUCCCCAGCACUCGGCACCUGUGUUUCUUGCUCCUCAGUCAUGUGACUGUGAAAUCUCUCCCAUUGAUGAAGUCUGUGAAGCAUGGGAUGAUCCUCUGUCUGCCAAGACAAUGCUCAUCUAUGCUAAUCACGGUGAAAUUUUGCACCAGCAAAUGAGUGAUGACAGUCAGCUCUCAUCCGGCGUCUCUAACAUGGGCUACUUCUACAGUGAGCACCAGCCAGGCUCCGUGUGCCUGGACUCCUGCCCCGUCUACUUCACUUACCAUCCUGAAGGUGGUCCCAUCCAGUCUAGCAUGACCUAUGAGCGUCUGCAGGGUAUAGCACCGAUGAGCCCAGAUUCUGGCUUCGGCAUGGAAGUAGAAAAAGAAGAGACUGGUGUGGAAGAACAACUAGACAACACAGAUCAAGGACACAAGACGGAAUGCAGUGGGGCCAACCUGAACCACCUGGUUUCAUUUGUCUUGUCUUUGCCAGAGAGCACAAGGAUCACCACCCCCCCAUCUUUUGCAGAGCUAACGCCCUGGAAUGAGGAGUCUGAGUCUUCAGGGAUCAGUAUGAACUCUCAGUCUCUGGAUGAUGCUGUGGUUCGACCCUCAUCCAUGGUGGUGCAGCCGUGCACCAGUGGUUACCUGACCCUGAAGGAGAUGCAGAAAUACAGCAAUAAGUCAAUCUAAUCGCAUUUUUCAAAAACUACAUAUACAUUAAAACGAAAUUGACAAAGCUUUAAAUCAAAUUUAUCUUAUGUACAGUAGUGUGGAUUUGUUACAUCAUGGUUAAUUUUUUUUUUUUUUUCGUUCAUUUUACCCAAGAGUUAAAAGAGUUAAUGCCAUCACAGGUUGGCAAAGUGAAGUGGGUGAUGCAGAGUUUAACAUACUGUACCUUACGUACAUAAGGAGCGUCGCGCUGUGACGAAUAAGCCGCCCAGUGCAAAAGUAGGCUAUGUCUAUUAUGGUAAUAAUUUAAUACCUGGUUAUUUUUUUUUUUUUUUUUAAACAUAAUUGGAAUUGAUUUGACUUUUACCAUUAUAUGUUCUUGUGUGUUAAGCAAAACUGCCAGCCAAGUCAAAAUCUAAUUUUCUGCAUUUUGUUAAAUUUGGAUGCAGCCCACUGUUGCACUGGACUCAAAUAUUAGUAAGAGUUGGAGAUAAUUAGGAUGCUUCCUAUUAUUAAUUUAAUGUUGCAAACUGUCAAAUUAAGUAUAUCAGGAUAUAAAACUGUACACAUAUGGUCUUAAUUUUAAAAAGAUCUUCUUGAUCCUCAUGAUCUAGAAAUUUUCGUUAGAUCUUUAACAGUUUGUACCAGAACUUAAAAAUCCAGCUAGCUAACAGAAAUCAGAGUAUAAACACUGUCAAGUAGUUAUUGAUAAAUUUUAAUUCAUUUGUGUAUAUGAUAAUAUGAUUUUUGUAAUUGGUUUGGCUAUUGUUGGAGGAAAUAUCACGUUUAUUUUGAAGAAAAUUACACUAGUUCAGCAGCAGCCAGCAGGAUGUUUGUGCCAAAAAGAUCUAAUACCAACAAUUCUAUAACAAUUUGUGAUGACAGAGUAAUAAGCAGACUCUUUCCUGAUGUUCUUCUAAAAUCUCUGCUGUUGUUGUCAUUGCAGGGUGUAAAAGAUAGCAUUAUGGAAACAUCUUCCAUAAUCUGCCAAAAUUUAGUUUGUUUAACUGGUAUUAUAUAUAAACUGCGCUCAUAGACACAUGGACUCCUACCUUAUUGUUACCAUGUGAUGAUGAUGAUGAUGAUGAUGAUGAUGAUGAUUAAUUUUAUUAUUAUUAAGAUGGUAUGGUGGCUUAGUGGUUAGCCCUUGCACAUAAAGGGUUGGAACAUGGAGUUGUACAUGGAGUUUUCAUGUUCUUCCCAUGCUUGGUGGGUUUUUUCUGGUUUCCUCCCACAGCCCAAAGACAUGCAGAUUAGGAUAUCUGUCGUUCCCAAAUUACCUGUAGUGUGUAAAUGAGUGAGGAUGACCCUAAAUACAAGAUAAACCAGUAUAGACGAUGAGUGAGAUGAUUAUUAUUAAUUUUAAAAAUAACUUGAUCCUUCUAUAUUUUGAGAGGCAUGUAUUCCUGGUUUUUCUUUCUUCUUGGCUGCUAGUGGACAGCAUGUGGUCGUUCUGUAUCAGACAUACGGACAUACAUACGGACUUUGCUAUGAACACAGCUUUGCAGUCAUAAAGCAAAGUUUCCCAAAACCUUCUCUAACUCUUACUCAAAUCUGUGAGACACCAUGUUUAACAUGACGUUCUCCCUACUAUCUGCUGCGGUGGUUUUUUUUGUUUUGUUUUUUAAUAAAAAAAAAACAGGGCGAAGAAACUAAAAUCUACAAUUACUGUGUUAAAUUGGCUAUCUCAGGUUUCGAUUUUGAAGUUAGGUUAAAGUAUUAUUUUUCACGUGCUGCCUUUACUUUAAAGCAUUAAAACAUACUAGGUGAUAUUUCUCAGUUUUUAUUUUAUUUUAACUUUUUUUUAUAUUUUAUAUUAUUUUUAUAUGCUUUUUAUAUAAAUGAAGCACAACUUAAUUUUGAUAUCUAGCUAGACUUCUUCCAGGAGAGUUUAAGACUUUUACUUCCUCUGAUUUUAGAAGAUGAGGUUGCUAACAGUCCUGCUCUUUACAUGGAGCUCGCAUUUCUUUGAUUGACUGAGGAAAGUGGAAUGUUACAAUUUUUUAAUUCCUGUUACAUUUUUUUAAUCAAGCCUGAAUAUUUGGAAAAAUCAGUGUUUCAUACAAAAAGUAAGGGGAACAAUCAGCUUCUGGUAAACUAAAAUGUAGUAAGUGUGUAUUCUACUUUUUUUAGUUGUACAAGUUUAGUACAAGCUGGUUUCAUUUCAUCUGUCUCAUAACGCUCAGCUUAACAUUGAACAUGUGGUUGAAAUGCACACACGUGUUACAAACACAUUUAGCUUUUACUGACUUGAAAGUAAAAAAGUUGGAUUAGGAUUGACACACAUGUUUGUAAUCUAUGAUGCAUGAAGCAAGACAGAAAGUGAAAUGUAUUAUAUCUUAAUACUAAUAUAUUCAUUUGUAUUCAAAUUCAGUAUCAUUUAUGUAAUGUACAAAUGUUUGAACUUAUGAUCUUUUUGCAAAUAGAUUUGUGUUCUAAGAGCUGCAUACACUGGUUCCAUGUAUAACCCUAGAACCAAUCAUUUUAUUAAAGCUGGUCCUAAGGAGAACCCCCUAAUGAAGCAGCUAUACGCAUCUAAUGAAAUAGUUAUUUUGUGUACACAGUACAACACGAUUUUAGACUUGUGUAUUUAGAUUGUUGCACUUCAAGGGUUCUUUAGUGGGUUCACUUUGUAAUAGAUGUUACAAAAUUACUUUAAUAUGGAGCAUGCAAAACCAAUAAAGCAUUAGAACCAGCGCGUUCAUAUAAACCUGCGCUACUGUCAGAGCUGCUGUUAGGGAAAACACCUUAUCUUCUGUACAAUCACAAUCCAGAACUCAAAAGCACCGUUGCAUUACUGUAUACCCCCUAUGGGCAAAAAGUAUAAGUGUGGUCAUCACAUCCAAAUGACCUUGUUGAACAUUCCUUUCCAGAUGUUAUACUAUAUAUAUUUUAUAGCUAUUAUAGUGAGAGCCAUUUUUCUUUUACAGUAUGUGGAGGCUGUCAUUAAAUGUUGAUGUUCAUUUUACGCGUACUACAAGAGCAUUAGUAAGCUCGGGCAUUGAUGUUGGGAUGUCGAGGAGGCUCUAGUUCAUUCAGUCCAUGCCUACUGUGAUGUUUUAGUGGGGGUUAGGUUGAGACAGGGCUCUGUGCAGGACACUUGAGUUCUUCUUCUUCAGACACAUUCUUUACAGUACAUGGUGUAGCUUGGUGGAUCUUACAGGAGCAUCAUUAUGCUGGAUAAGGGUUUGGGCCUCUUAGUUCUUAGGAAAACUGUAAUGGUCCUGCAAACAGAAAGAUUAUAUACAAUUGUGCGUUUACAAAUUUUGGUAACAGUUUGGCUAAGAACCUCAUAUGGAUGUGAUGUUUGUGGUGCAUAUAAAUUUGGCCACAUAUUUGCUCUGGUGAUAUUUACUAUGAAGCAAAAAAAAAUGUUCCUUUGUGAAAACUGUAUUUUUUUUAAGGUCUUGCUGUCCUACAUAUACUAAUCCUAAACAUAUUCUCUCUAUUUACUCUACAGUAUGUUAUAAGGAAGAAUGAAUGAGUCUCUAGUGAAAAUUAUAUAUGAUACUUUUUGCUGUUUGUUGUAUUUGCAUGUUGUUUGGAUAUGGUGUGUAUGUCAUGUUUCUCACUUCAUACAAAAAUAAACGCUGUUGGUAAGUGGUGUUUACAAAA